CCGGGUUGAAGGGGGUGGGGGCGUCGGUGUGUGUGCGCGCGCGCGGAGGGGAUCUGUCCAUGAAUAAAGUGCCGGGUCUAGAGAGACCCAGGAGUUACGUCAAGAGUCCUUCCUGAUCCUGAUGAAGGUCCCAGCAGAACUGUCCGACCAAAACUGCUCGGUUCUGCCAGAAGCUCCAUCUGCUGCUGACCAGAACAUCUGAUCUGGACGGGUUUGGCAGGAUCUGUGCCACAUCUGUCUUCAUCACACAUCCGGCCCAAUAAGUCCUGGAGAACUUCAUCAUCACCGUCCUCAUCCUCUGAGCAUGGGGAACCUGAUCAAAGUGUUAACCAGAGACAUUGACAACAACGCCGGAAAUGUCUUCCUGGACUUUGAGAAUGCACAGCCAUCGCCCUCAGAAACCGAUAUUUGGGAGAACGUGAAACAGACUCUGGAGGAGGCCCAGGUGAUCCUGAAUGAUCUGCAGGAGUACAGAGGAGCCGGAGAGGAGAUACGACAGGCUAUCCAGAGUCCGGGCGAUGAGACAGUUCAGGAGAAAGCCUGGUCUGCUGUGGUUCCUCUGGUGGCCAAACUCAAAACCUUCUAUGAGUUCUCACACAAACUGGAGUCCAGCUUGCGCUCCCUACUGGACGUCCUCACCCGCCCCGGAACCACGCCCACACAGCAGCUGGAGCAGAAGCAGGCGCUGGCCCGCCAGUUUGCCCACAUCCUGCACUUCACUCUGCGGUUCGAUGAGCUGAAGAUGACCAACCCAGCCAUCCAGAACGACUUCAGCUACUACCGCCGCACCAUCAGCCGCAUGCGCAUCAACAACAUGACCUCCGACUCAGGCGGCGAAGUGAACAACGAGCUGGCCAACCACAUGUCCCUCUUCUACGCCAAUGCCACGCCCAUGCUCAAGACACUGAGCAACGCCACCUCCAAGUUUGUGUCAGAUAAUCCAGACGUACCGGUUGAAAACACGACGGAUUGUUUGAGCACAAUGGCCUGCGUGUGCAAAGUGAUGCUGGAAACUCCGGAGUACCGCAGCCGCUUCACUAGCGAUGAGACAGUGCUGUUCUGCCUGCGUGUGAUGGUGGGGGUCAUCAUCCUGUACGACCACGUUCACCCAGCCGGCGCCUUCGUGAAGACGUCUAACAUUGAUAUGAAAGGCUGCAUCCGGGUCUUGAGGGAGCAGGCCCCCAGCAGCGUGGAGGGUCUGCUGAACGCUCUCAGGUACACGACCAAACACCUGAACGACGAGACUACCUCCAAGCAGAUCCGGAACAUGCUGCAGUAGAACUGAGCGGCUCUGCUGAGGCUGGGAACCUGAAGUACUCUGGUCCAGAUUUCAAAGGAACAAUUGUCCGUCUAUGUGCCAUUAUUGUUUUUGAUUUUUAAAGUUUUAGUUGUUGUAGAAAAAAUGAAAAAAAAACUUCUCAAGGGUCCUUCUUGCUUAAUGUUAGAUCUGCAGUGAAUUAGGAUAAACAGUCCGAAUAGAAUACUGCAGCUAACGACACAAACCAAAAAAAGUCUCAGGUGUUUUACCUGCUGGUUAGAAUCUCUCAUCUGAAAAGGUAUCAAACAUAAAGAGUGAGAGGAGCUCAGCUGUUUAAAAACUUCAUUCUGCUUUGUUCAUUCUGUAGAGAUUUGUGUAAUUAAUGGUUAUCAAUGAUGAUUUUUUAACCAAAUAAAGUGUUUUUUUUACAUUCUUAAGAAAAUUGUGUUUUUUUUCCGAUCUUGUUUGAUUUAAAAAAGCAGAGGUCUUUUCAUCUUACCUUGAAAUUACUUGAGCAGAAUAAGCAGAGUAAUUCAACUGUUCAAGUUUUUUAAAUAGUAUUUGUUUAUCAAAAUCAAAAAAUAAUAAAAAAAAAAAAAAACACAGUUGAAUUCAACCACAGUCAUACAUUAACAAGACAUUUUGCUGGUUAUGAAUCCAUACUACAAUAAGCUGAGUCUGGACCGGGUCUGAUGCACAGUUUUGUGAGGUCAUGCCUGUGCUGUGGGCGGAGUCUUUCUGAAGGUAGAGGUUUACCUGUCCUAAUAGCUGAAACAUUCAGAUGUUUUUCCACCAUCACAAGUCUGA